AUGACGAGCGCGACCGAGACGGACGUGGCAGCCGAUGUCGGCGAUCGCGUCGCCAAGUGCGACAAGCUCACGCAAGGCCGUGAGCUCAACCUCGCCGACCUCGAGUUGCAGCAUGUACCACCGAUCGUUCUUGGCUUCUCGACGCUGGUGAAGCUCAAUCUCCGGCACAACCAUCUCUCGAGCUUACCCAUUGACCUCGUUGAGUCUGUCCCGCUCCUCGAAGUCCUCAACGUGGCCGAGAACGCGCUCACCAACCUUCCGCCCGACAUUGGCGGCCUCCCGCGCCUCCGACAGCUCUUUGCACAAGCGAAUCGCCUUCGGUCACUACCACUGAGCCUUAUGAGCUGCAGUAAGCUCCAGGAACUGUACGUCCAGCACAACGCAAUCCGCGAUGUACCGGACGAAUUUGCGCACUUGACAAGCCUCUCGGUGCUCAGCCUCGCGCAGAACGACCUUGUGUACCUGCCAAAGUCGCUCAACUCACUCCAGAACCUCAAGGUUGUCGACCUCUCUGGCAACGCCGGACUUGCCACGGCGCCCGAGCUGCUGCGACGACUGCACGAGAAGAAUCUCGUCUUGCAUUCCAAAGAAAAGCGGCGGGAGCUCAUUACACGCGCGCUCAAGGUCAAGACGGCAGUUGCCGCCGCGCUCAAAAAGCAAGCGCGCGAGAUCGCCAAGGGCUAG